ACUUAGCCUUAAACUGAGAUCCCUUUCCAGCCCCGAGCCGGGAGCAGCUCUCAAUACUCAGUGAGGCACAGAGCACUCGAGCUAUUUCAGCCACAUGAAAAGCAUCAGAAUUGAGACCGCAGCUCAGAGGACACCGGGCAUCCCUUCCACCCUUCAAGAAGUCUUGUAUUCUUCCACCUGGCUGCUUGGGACUUUCCUUAGGCAGUGAACAAAUAAAUAAAGCAGGGCUAAGACCAGGUGAAUAUGUCGAAACAGCCAGUUUCCAAUGUCAGAGCCAUCCAGGCAAAUAUCAAUAUUCCAAUGGGAGCCUUUCGGCCAGGAGCUGGGCAACCCCCCAGAAGAAAAGAAUUUACUCCUGAAACAGAGGAGGGUGUUCCUCCUACCUCGGAUGAGGAGAAGAAGCCAAUUCCAGGAGCAAAGAAACUUCCAGGACCUGCAGUCAACCUAUCAGAGAUUCAGAAUAUUAAAAGUGAACUGAAAUAUGUUCCCAAAGCUGAACAGUAGUUGACAGAAAAAAGGCUUGACGUGAAGAAUUGAAGAAAGAGAAUGGAGUCAAAUGAAUAUAACUCACUAAAAUUUUUUUAUAUAUUUGUAAGAAGAUUAUGAAUAUCCUGAAUGCCUGAGACUCUAGAAGAAAUGUUCUAUUUGUACAUUUAUAUCUCUUCCUUCUAGUUGUCUGAAUUUCUUAAUUUAUCUUCAUUUUUGGCAUCUUGCAGAGCAAUCCAUCCCAUGAAUUCACUGAUUGGAGGGUAUGGUUUUGAGGAGGGAUAUGAUUGUAUGGAGAAGGAUAUGAAAAUGUGUGUAACAGUACUUUUGAUUGGAAGUUCUAUAAGCUAUUUCUCACAAUAUUUUGGUCAAUAUUUGGAAUGUAUUUUUAGUUCUUCACCUUUCAAAUAGUGUCAGUGCACUUUUUAUGAGUUCAAAUAAAUAUUUGAAUAAAUGAAAAUGUGAA